UGAUCCGAGGAGAGAAAGCGGUGGGGUCUUGUUAAUGAUCCAGCUUCUCCUUUCUUUUCGGAACACGCCCAGAGCGCCUCGCGGGUGCGCGGGCCGGCGGUUAACUUUGCGAACCCAACGUUCGGUGCAGCUCCUCAGGCCCGGAAAACACGCAGGCGUGUUCGACGUGGGUGACGAGAAGGAACGUUUAAAAAAUACUCAAAUGGCCCACAAGAAGUGAGAAAGGGGGGGGAAAAAAAACCCCAACCAACCAACCAACCAACCAACCCACCAACCCCAAACUGGAAAGUCCUAAAGGGCAGAGGGGUUGUGGUGGUCAAACACGUGCAUCGAAGGUCCUGAUUGCAGGGUAAAUGCUGGGUGACUGCUCUGGGCUCUUGGCUGCCAGGCCCCGGGUGUUGCACGUAGUAACUGGGGGCUUGGAAAAAAAAGCUACGAGUGCCAAAUGUUCUUGGGAAGCGAGAUGUGUUUGUGGACGGAGGCGGUGCGGGCGGUGGAGCCCCGAUGAGAUUUUGGGGUUCUGCUCUUGGAACUGGAUCCACAUGGGCAAGUCUUUGUGCCCGUGCAAGGUGCUGUUGAGCAGCUUGCAGCAAAUACUUGUUCCCAUGUAUGAAGAUGUCCUUAGUGGACCUAGGGAAGAGGUUGCUAGAAGCAGCUCGCAACGGCGAAGAUGACGAGGGCUGAACCUAAAGGAUACAAAUGGGAAUCGCAGCAGUAAAACCAGAGCGUGGAUCGGCAGAAAAUGCAUCUCUGAAUUUCUGUGGUGGAGCGGGUUCAAGGUGAAGCACUUUAAAAGCCAGGACCUUCCUGAGGCGAAGAUGAAUUGACGUUUGUGUAAAGAUUGAUCUCUGCCUGAUGCACGAGAGCACGAUCACGAGAACCGUGCUGUCCCGGGCAGCGAGGUACCCAGGGUCUGGUGCUUUAAGAAGUCCCGACCCCAACAGCUGAGAUAAAGGAUGAGUCAAAUCAGACUGGAAGAACUGUUAAACCUCUCAGCAGAAGGAAGUUCCUUUAAGAAUGCUUUAUUUAAUUGUUUAAACUCUCUCAAUCAAGAAACUCAUCUCUGGGUUUUGGGCGUUUUUUUGUUUCCUUAAAAAAAAAAACCCAAAACCCUGAAAACAAACCGGCCCGUCCUGGAUUGGAAAGGAAAUAAAAGCUUUAAUGAAACCGAAGAAUAACAGUUGGCCAAACGGGGAACCAGAGUGUAACAAACAAGCUGCCAGUAGCCGUUCUCCAUCACCGUCUUCAUUUCCUAACUUCACCAGUCUGUUCAGCCAUAACUUUGCGAGACGAAGAAAUUAACUGUAUCGCGAGGUAGCAGAGCCUAACGCUGUCGUAAUGCUGCCCUUGGCUAACUGUGGUGAAAUUACCUGUCGUGAUAUAGAAGCGGCAGAGCUGUUCUGCUGUGGUUUGGAAAAGCAGCUCAGUGGUUAAUGGAUGGCACAGUGGAGAAAGUAAAAGCAUGUUUGAUCUUCAGGUGGUCAGAUAAUGUAAAGAUUCCUAAAAAGUUGAACGUUUGUUACUGGAUGUGCAGCCCCUUAUUUCCGAGCGGAGAAAAAAAGGUUAAAUUAAUUUCUUCCGGAAGCUUUGUCAUUUUAAUUACUGCCGGACAUACAGGGGGUGAUCACUGUGCUGUGAACUGACGGUGCCUCUUCUGAAUUAACACGCAGCUUGGGACGUCGCCUCUUCACCUCGCUGCCCAGUACGGCCACUAUUCGACAGCGGAAGUGCUGCUUCGGGCUGGAGUCAGCAGAGAUGCCCGAACAAAAGUGGACCGGACGCCGCUACACAUGGCUGCGGCUGACGGACACACUCAUAUUGUAGAACUGCUAAUUAGGAACGGGGCUGAUGUAAAUGCCAAGGACAUGCUGAAAAUGACGGCUUUGCACUGGGCGACAGAGCACAACCACCGAGACGUCGUAGAGCUGCUCAUCAGAUACGGGGCUGAUGUCCACGCUUUCAGCAAGUUUGAUAAAUCGGCUUUUGAUAUUGCUUUGGACAAGAACAAUCCAGAGACUCUGGUAAUGCUGCAGGAAGCAAUGCAGAACCAGGUGAACGCUCAUCCAGAGAGAACGGAUCCCAUCUCCAACACUGUGACUCUCACCUCGCCGUUUAUCCUUACAUCAGGAGACGUUCUCAAUCUCACUAGCCUCGUCUCUUCAGGAAACACCAAAACAACCUCAGGUGACUCGCAUGCCCCUACCGUGCAGUUUUCCAAUUCAACGACCUCUGUGCUUGCCACGCUUGCGGCCCUCGCUGAAGUAUCGGCACCACUUUCCGACUCGGAUGGAGACACAGGUAAGACGGAGGAAAUAGUGGAAGCGAAUUCUGUCGAUUCGGCCAUACAACAAGUGGUUGGCAGCGGAGGGCAGCGCGUCAUCGCCAUUGUAACGGACGGAGUUCCCCUGGGCAGCCUGCAGACAGCCAUCCCCACCCGCGGCCUCAGCCAGCCCUUCAUCCUCACCAUGCAGGAUGGACAGCAAGUUUUAACUGUACCUGCUGGUCAGGUUGCAGAAGAGACUGUUACUGAAGACAGAGACGACGCAGAAGAGGAAGAAAAGCCACUGGCCAAGAAGCAAAAAGUAGAACAAGAUGUAGAUGACUCGAAGGAAGACAAGGACAGCGUUGAAAGGGAAGCGCUGCAGCAGCAGUUGCAAGAGGCGAACCGGCAGGCUCAGGAAUAUCGCAGCCAGCUGAUAAAGAAAGAGCAGGAGGCGGAGGAGUACCGGCUGAAGCUGGCGGCCAUGGUGAGGCAGCAGCCCAACGGAGUGGAGGCGAUGGUGCUGGAAGAGGUCGCCGAGGUUGACUCGCUUGUGGUAACCUCGGAAGACAUCAAGGAAUCCGUGCUGUCCAUGCUGGAAACGGAUCAGCCGACCGAUAUCGCUGUGGAGACCGUCACCUCCUAAUGCUCGGUGAUUGACUGCGCUUUUUGCAAAGGAAAAUGACUUUUUGGUGGUGUUUUUUGUUGUUGUUAAAUAAGGUGCUGUUGGCAAGCGGUGCGGAGAGCAGAGCCACCCCGUCGCCAGGGGUGGAAGCUCCCCCAGCCGCUCCCAACAUAACUCUGCUUUCAGCACGGUGCCAAAAGGUGCUUUUGAAGCUCGACCUUGAGAGACUGGAAGCUUUUUAACAAAAUUUUAGCCAGCAAGUGACCUGACGGCGUAUUUAGCGAUGUCAAUACCUGCAUCGUUGGGGAGAGGAAGAGAAAUACCUCAUUGCCAAGGCAGCUGGUGUUGGCCCACGCCUGCCCGGGCAGCGCAGCGCUGGGAACGGACUCCGCCGUAACCCGAGGUGUUCGCUCCCUUCUGCGACGCCGAGUGACCGGAUCUGCGCCUUCGGAAGCAGCAAUCGCUUGGGGGGUUGCUCUAAAAUCCUGAGGGGUGCGGAGGGGAUUUCCCCUUUCAGCUGCAGAGUGAGUGACGGGUUCUUUUUCUUCCAAAACCUUGAAUCCUUUCGACUGAGGCAACCUUCAAUGCAAGAGCAAAGGCCGGGCCGAACGUCCAUCGGCCGGAGCCUUUCGCGCUAUCAGGGAAUACGGCGCUUUGCCCUCCUUGUUUCAGGAACAAUUUGGGGGAGCUCUUUGUCAGGCCCCUUCACUGCCCAAAGGGAUCGCAAAAAAUUCCUCCUCAGUUUUCUCAUGCUUUGUCUAACGUUCUGUGCGAGGCUUCGGUGCGGAACAGGGCCGUUAGCUGAUGGCGUAUGCAAAGCCGUACGGCGGGAGUCGCGCUCGCUCUGGGUUGUACCUAUGUCAGGGGUUGGGUUUUUUACUAAACAGCUUUUAUUUUUAAAGAUACUAAAACCUUUUUUUAACAAGCAGCUGAUCUCGUUACUGAAAUGUCCCUGCUUUUUUUUUUUUUUUACUCCUGGCAGGCCUGUUCAGAGCAGGGAUCCGCUGGGUCCGGCGGGUUAUGGGUUCCGAGGCAGCGGGGAACUGCUCGGAAGCUCCCCGAAUACUCGCGUGGCGCUUGAGCAUGAAAGGUGCUCAAGUCAAGGUUAGAAAAAUGCCAUAAAGGAGGCAAGUUUAGAAAAACUCCAUCACGCAAGCGGGGCCGUUGGUUGCAAAAAGGCUUCAAGGGUGAGGAGUGGCUUGCAGCUCCGAGGCCGAGCAGCCGCCCUGCCAGCUGAGAAUUCCUCCUCGCAAGAGCAAAAAAUCCUGGCUCUUCCGGCCCGUACUUUGCUGGGCUGGGCUGGUUUUGUCCUGGUUUGGUAACGGCUGGCAGGAGUCAGGGUAACAACUCAAUGUCGUGGUCCUUGCUUUGCGUUUUUCCCUGUUAUGUCCCAAGUGUGUCCGGACGAUGCAUUUUUCUGUUGGUUCGGGCGCUGCCUCUGUUAACGUUUCUCUGCCGAUAGAUCAGCCGGUAGCGUGACGGCGGAGGCGGAACACGGCCUAACCCGUCCCUAAGGGUACAAACAUAUGGUGGCGGCUCUGAAGGAAUUUCUCACCCCGAGAAGAAACUGCUUUUCAUCCUAAAAUCCGCCAGCUCCUGGAGGUCGGGGCUGGAAGGAAGGUGGGAUCUGCCAAAACCCUGGCGACGUUUGGCCCGUGGGGUUCACCAGCGAGCGGGAGGAGGGGAGGGGUUGCGGGGCCGUUCCUGCCGCAGCUUCCCGGCCCUUGGAGACCCCAAGCAUGUUUAUUUAUAACCAGUGUCGCUGUAUUUAUAAAGAUGACUUUUUUUUAUCUUUUCCAAGCGGUGUUUUGAAGCGGCUUUAAUAAUUAUUUGUUACGACUGAGCGUUGAGAGACUCGGAUCCUGGUUAUCCAUCACCUCAGCGCUUCCUCGCUGACUCCCAGCGUUAGUUGCUUCCGUUCCCUGGCACGUUCACGAUGUCAUCUAAAAAUCCAAGUCGGAGGCUUCGAGACAGCAUUAAAUAAA